AUGCGUUUUGCCACUCUUGCUUCUGCCGCUGCUGUUGCUGUCUCUGGUGUCGCCGCGUCGCCAGUCACUAUCUUCGGAUUCGACCUCACCGGCGUCAUUGGGUUCGACUUGACCCAGACCAACCACUACGGGUCCCCCUUGCCUCCUUGGCACCCACAGGGCAAGCCCGGUUGGUACUUCGGUAACAGCCCGCACUUGUACCCUGAGAUCCCCUGCCUCUCUGGAAUUAUUUGCAAGAUCUUGGAUUACUUCCCCUACGCGAUUCACUGCCCCCACCCACCUCCCCCUCCCCCUCCGCCCCCCGCCAACGACGGAUACACCCAAACCUUCAGCAACAUUACUGGUGCCACUCAGGCAGAUGACUUCCAAACCUUCGGUCUCGUAGACACCGUUGCUGGUGAGCAAACUGAGCGUCCAGAAUGUAAGGCCAUGUGCAACAGCGUCGCUGGCUGCAACUUCGUCAACUCCUAUCACGAUGUCAACGGAAAGGGAGGAAGCACCCAACUCACCUGCUCCUUGUUCACCAAGUGCCAUGACGCGUCCACUGCAGACAACCGCGGAGGACAGAGCCAACCCGAUGGUUCCAUCGACUUCAUCAUCAAUUCCGACGGAUGGUGCAAGAACGGCGUCCCCAUCAGCGACCCCAACUAA